AUGACAAUCUAUGAGUUCGACCCGUCGACGCUGGAGACUGUCGGAGCCCCCUUCGAAGGGCACACCAAUGUUAUUUGCGGUCUUACACUUUCAUUUGAUGGUGUUCUUCUUGCUAGCGCUUCCAAAGACGAUACCAUCAACCUCUGGGCCUUCGAGUCCCGCCAGCUCCUCGCCUCAUUUGACGUUCAGAAACCUUCCCGCAUCAUCAUCUCACCCGACUCGCGCCAACUGGCUUACACAACCUGGGAUGAUAUAAAUAUCUACAUAUGCAACACUCCAUCCAGCAUCCUUGCUAGCAUCCGCCAGCCUGGACAAGGAGCACUGUCUAAUGCCAGCGCACCUCACAAUCCGUGCAUUGCUGAUCUACUCAAUACCCGCGCAGACAUACUUAUCCCCUCAGUCUCUUUCAUCGGACUGAGGUCUAACACUGUCUAG